CUCUCUCUCUCUCUCUCUCUCUCUCUCUCUCUCUCUCUCUCUCUCUCCCUGGGGAUACAGAAUAUAAUUCGGCACAAUUAGGCUGUGUGGCAAAUGGCAUGCUUAGAGAUGUACAAUUCAAAUGGCCGUGCUCCUAUGAGCCCGAGAAUCUCCUUCUCCAACGACUUCGUCGAGAUCAAACCGGAGAAGAAGAACAACACGAGAACAAAGACAGAGAGUCAUCUCAUGUCGACGUCGUCGUCUGAUUUCGAGUUCUCCGUCGCGAACUACACGAUGAUGCCAGCCGACGAGCUCUUCUCCAAAGGAAAGCUCCUGCCUUUCAAAGAGACCAGUCACGUCCAAAGGACCUUGAGAGAAGAGCUUCUAAUUGAAGAAGAAGGCUCUGAAGAAGAUGACUUCACACUCAGGCCUCCACCAUCGUCGUCUUCUUCGUCCAAGGGAAAGUGGAAGGGGCUGUUGGGUCUCAAGAGGAAUCAUGUAAUUGGGUCCAAGAAAACUGAUAAGAUCAACGAGGAGAGAUUUGUUCACUCGGAGACCAAACAAUCUCAGGUAGAAGGAUCAACUUGCAGCGGCAUGGAGAAAGGCAUGUAGAGAACUUGGUUGGAUUUUGUCUCAUGCAUGAUGAUGUUUGCUUCCUGGUUUAAAUUCAGAUUAUGUUCAUCUUAUAUAAAAAAAAAAUGGUAGAGUCGUUUUUUUUGUCGAUGUAGUGUUUUUUUUUUAAUUUAUAAGGGAAAAAAAUUGUAGUGAAUAUUUUAUUUUUGUAUUUUGUUUGAAUGGGAGUUGGAGUUUAUGUGUUUGGCUGUACAAAAACUAAAUUGUUAUGUUAUGUUUUGUAGUCGAAGAUAUUUAUUCCAUGUUGGUUUAGUUUCCACGUA